AUUUGAUAAGAACGUACUAAAGUCAAUGAAUAGAAAGUAUGUAUAGGGUGCAAACAAUCUAGACGUGAGGGAUAGAUGGAGAUGAGGACACUUAUACUACACGUGUGGAGCACAAUAUCACUAUGACGUCGAUGAUCAUUAAAUUACGCAUAAUAUCUCCUUCCCCUUGGGUUUUUUUUUUCUUUGACUUCUCGGCACUUAUUCAAUGAAUCAUUGAUAAUCCAAGUCAAUAUUAAUCUGUCACCUAUGACUGCGAAUGAUGACAUUAACCGAGUCAAAACCUUGCUCUAUCUUCGCAUGCCAUCGCUUAAAAAUGAGAUGGAGAUAGUGGAUUCAACGAUAUCACCAAGCCCAAGCUAUUAUAUACUUCAUAGAUUAAAUAUUUCCUCUUACAUUGAACGUUUUAGCAAGGUGUCCAAAUGCAUGACGGUGACUGGGACUCCCACGGCUCCAUCCGAUCAUGGAACAUCACAUGCGAUGGAAAGCCGGAAUUCUUCAAGGAGAAGAGAGAGAUAGACGACGAGAAGAUGACGUUGACGUUGAGAGGGCUAGAGGGUCAGGCAGUGGAGAGGUACAAGGUGUAUGACGUGAUCUACCAGUUCAUUCCCAAGUCGAAGGAAGGCUGCGUCUGCAAAAUCACCCUCAUAUGGGAGAAGCGCAAUGAAAACACCCCCGAACCCGUCAACUACAUGAAGUUUGUCAAGAGCUUAGUUGCUGACAUGGACGACCACGUCCUCAAGGGCCAGAACAAAGCUUGAAACCCCACCAUGGUCGUCGUCUUAAAUAAUCCUUAUGCAUGUGUUACUUAAAGCAAAGAAAUCCUAAUCAUGCAUGUGGAAUCGUUUGUCUUUGUCUCGUACGUGCCUUGAUCAUCCGCCUCUCUUUCCUUUGUUGUACUUGUACAUGUUAUAAUAAUGUCGGACUUCUUGUACGCUUACGUAUCAUCGCUGUAUUUGAUGAUUUGAUGUUCUUUAUAUAUGCGUGUUUGUAGUAAUAAAAUAAGUGUGUGUGUUUUAUA